AUGCUACAAGGCGUUGACCUUGAAAUCAAUCAAGUCACAAGCGUAAAAGAUAGAACUCCUUCCCCGUGUCGGCCUUUCCGCAGGGAGCGAACAGCUGUUUCGCUGCCCACGGUCUUGGCGCAAGGUCACCCUCAUGACGAUUUGCGAAGCUCUCAACAAUGUUUUGACGACUAUUCAAGCUGCAAAAUUCGCAACAUGUUCUACGAUCUAAAUAUCCCAUACAUCCCGAACGACCCAAAUACCCUGGAUAUACUUCAUUUCCUCGCUGAAUUGGGCUAUACCACUGUGGCGUUAUCCCAGUCGAUUUCGACGAAAGUCCCUCCAAAUCAAAAACCGCCAGCUUUGCCCACGAAUAUACCCAAGUCCAUAACCCUGCUUACCCGGCUCAACCUCACCGUGUCUGAUCCGUCGCAAAAUCCACGACUUGUUGCACUAGCACAGUCCUAUUCGCUUCUUGCCAUACGACCAACGAACGAAAAGUCCUUAACACAAGCCUGCAAUAGCCUCGAUUGCGAUAUCAUAUCCCUUGACCUUUCCGUUCGUCUACCUUUCCAUUUUAAGUUCAAGACUCUUUCGGCUGCUAUUUCUCGGGGCGUGCGUUUUGAAAUCUGCUAUGGCCCUGGAGUGACUGGAAGUGGACUGGAAGCCAGAAGGAAUUUGAUAAGCAAUGCCAUUGCUUUACAAAACAAGCUCUUGGUGCCCGAGCUCCUUGGGAUGUAA